AUGGCGCCGGGCAAGAAAACCUUUCUGAGGGACAUGACCGCGGUCCCCGCCGCGUGGCCUCUGGAGACGGUCCUCGACGCCUGGGUGCACACGGCAAGGCUGCGCUACUUUUGGAAUGCAGCAGAUUCCCAGAAAUCCUUGGACCUGCUGAAGCAGCGUGCCGCGGAGCUCUGGGAGCCGAAGGCCGAGCCGGUCCUCGCGGCAAAGCUUUUCCAGCGAGGCCGAGCCGAGCUGCAGCGGUGCGACGUGCAUUACUUCACCAACGAAGGCUUGGCGCGAGUGAAUGGUGUGUGCUGCAUUUCCUCUUGGGAUUGGCUGGAAGCUGCUUCCCAGCGCCUCGCCCUGCGCCUGACGGCCGCGGAGCACAGCGCCGCGGAGGAGGCGAAGACGCGGCGGCGAGUGGAGGAGGGCAAGUCUACCGCACACGAGCUGCAGAAGGCCAAGGAAGAGGCUGCCCGCCUUGCAGGUUGCUUGCAGGAGGCGGAUUCGGAGGUCCGAGCAUCAAAGGACGAAGUGGCCCAGCACAAAGAGCGAUGUGGGCAGCUCGAGGCUCGUGUGCUUGCUUUGGAGGCUGGCACAGCCGAGCAUGUCAUGCAGCUCCGAGCCUCGGAGGAGGAGCGAAGGCAGCUCGCGGAGCGCUUGGCUUCUGCGGAGGCCUCGGCAUCCGACAAAGUGGAGGCGCUCCAGCAAGCUCAGGAGGAGACUACCAAGCUCGAGCAGCGGGUGGCAGCAGCAGAGGCCGCAGCUGCCGAAAGCCAGGAUGAGCUCAGCAAGGUUCAAAGCGAGAAGAGGGCGUGCGAGGAGCGCUGCCAGCAACUCGAGAGCCGCUUGGCCAAGGAUCCUGCAGGAGGCAAUACGGAGCUGAAGACCUUGCUGAUCGAGAAUGCAAAGUACGAGGAGCGAUGCGAGCAGUUCAACGCAAGUCUUGCCAAGGCGGAGACAAAGCUGGAUCAGAUGGCCAAGUGCCAGGUGGAGGCUGCCAAGUACCAGGAGCCGGAGCAGCUCACUGAGGCCAAGGAGCAAGCCUUGCGCAUGAGCGGUAGAUUUCCCACGAAUCCUACUUUUGCUCACCACGGCCCAGCCUCCGGCGUAGAAGCUUCCAGCAGCCCUGAGUCGAACACCUCUGACUCCCUGGGCUACAUCCUGGUGGAGGACGCCUCAUCCGUGCUGAGCCGCUCCUCCUGGUUCUCGGUCCAGCCUCACUGCUUCAUGCUGGACGCCAUCUUCAAGACCCGCAGCUACGGCGUGGACUUCUUCUUGAUGAGCAGAGACUUAAAGAAAGGCUCCCAAGUUGUGGCUGGCGAUGACAAGACCAUCUUGGAGGUCGCCAAGAAUCCGGUGACGCAAGACCACCUGGUGCAGGUGCCUCACCUGAAAAGCCUGGAGGAGGGAGUGGCGGAUGUGACGGAGGUGAAGGCGGGAGUGGGCAUCGCAAAGUACCUCGCAGCUGGCACCUUGAAGGUGGGCGACUUCGUGAUGCUCGACUCGGGCGAGCCUGUGACACUCACAAGCGUGGAGUCCUGGUCCGCGGACUGCGAGGUGCUGAAGAUCGUCUUUGAGCCUGACUUGCCCGUGGCCUGUUUCGCCUGCCCGCCCUGCAUCCUCAGCAAGGGGCACCCGAACUUUCGCACUCGCCGGGGAGGCAUUUGCCAGCGGGGCAAGGGGACACCAGACAUGUACCAGACCGCUGACAGCAGCUCCAUCCCCGUCACAGCCAGUUUGUGGACGGAUCCUUUGAAGUGA